GUCGGCCCGCAAUACCCCACCACCAACCGCGCCGGUCGUCACUGUCGAAGAAGCUCGCUCGGAGGAUGAAGAAACUGACGUGGCCGAGCUGGAGGCGAAACGAAUCGACUUGAUGGGGAAGCGGGCAAGCAAGACCGGGACGAUGAACAUGGAGUUUGAAUUCCCACCUACGUCUCCGAAAAGUGCCGGCGCUGAAGAUUCGGAUGCUGCGGAUGUGGCCGUUGAGCCGAAGAGCAUUGAGGUUCCGCCGCCGCUGGUCGUAGAGAAAGAGACAGUGUCUAGUGUGAGGACUGAGGGUAACGUCUAUGAUGACCUGGGCGAGACAGAGGACAUCCCGUUGUAGUCAGUAACCUCUCUGAUUCCUGUACUUUCCCCUUCCGUUUCAGCUUU